ACCCGUGCCGUACCGAGACCCUCACUGCAUUCGGUAUUACCGUGUUCGACCUCUCCACAGCGUCAUCCCGUUGUGAUGACACAGAGGUUGUAGUAGGCUACCUCGCGCCGCGCCGCGCCCCCCUUGGCCCCGAUCAGGAAGUGUAUUUGUGGAAAAUAGAGAAACUGGAGGUAGAAUGACAUAGAGGGGGAGAGGUGGGAGAGAGAGAGAACGAUAGAAAGAAGAUACUGACGGAGGGAUAGACCCGCUUCUGGAUCCUUAUUGAGCUAUUCCUUCGUGAGAUUAUUUUGCUUCGCGAAAAUGCUCAUAAAGGAAUUUCGAGUGAUUCUGCCCAUAUCUGUGGAGGAGUACCAGGUGGGCCAGCUGUACUCCGUGGCUGAGGCCAGCAAGAAUGAGACGGGGGGCGGGGAGGGGGUGGAGGUGCUGAAAAACGAGCCCUACGAGAAGGACGGCGAGAAGGGACAAUACACACACAAAAUCUACCAUCUGCAGAGUAAAGUGCCGUCCUUCGUCAGAAUGCUGGCCCCAGCAUCAGCCCUCAACAUCCACGAGAAGGCCUGGAACGCUUAUCCGUAUUGUCGCACAGUUAUUACUAAUGAGUACAUGAAAGACAACUUCCUGAUCAAGAUAGAAACGUGGCAUAAACCAGACCUAGGACACCUGGAGAAUGUCCACGGCCUGGACGCAGACACCUGGAAGAAGGUGGAUGUGGUGUACAUCGACAUCGCAGACAGGAGCCAGGUGGACUCGAAGGACUACAAGCCAGAGGAGGAUCCCUCAAAGUACAAAUCAGUGAAGACAGGGCGAGGCCCUCUCGGACCUGAUUGGAGGAAAGAACUCCCCAAGAAGACGGACUGCCCACACAUGUGUGCCUACAAACUGGUUACCGUCAAGUUCAAAUGGUGGGGCCUGCAGAACAAAGUGGAAAACUUCAUUCAGAAGCAAGAGAAGCGCCUGUUCACCAACUUCCACCGCCAACUCUUCUGCUGGAUCGACAAGUGGAUCGAGCUCACCAUGGAGGACAUCCGGCGCAUGGAGGAGGAGACGCGCAAGGAGCUGGACGAGAUGAGAGUGAAGGACCCGGUGAAAGGCAUGGUGGCUCUGGAGGACUGAGGAGGCUGUGAUUGGACUGUCCACACUGCUGCUCAUCUGAUCAGACCUGUAGACCCAUACACCAGCGGAUUCUCCCCUCCCUUCCCCCUCUACUGGCACAGCAUCGUGUCUCUUGGUCAGCCUAACCCCUCCUACCGCCUCACCCCGAUUGGUGCAGUCGAUUACAUUACCGGAGUGCCCGGAGUGCCCCCUACCUGCCAUCCAGCAGACUGCAGCUCCGACGCCUUGCCCCCCUUCCAACCCCCCAACCCCCAACCCCCUCAACCAGGUCUCGAUAAGAUGUCCGCCAGUCAGUCCACUCGCAGAAUCCCUUCUUGACAGAGAUGUGAUUUUUAGGAUUUAUUUCUAUUUACGAGAACACGCAGGUGUGUACAUAGGAAGUGCAUACAGUGGGAGCAAGCAGAGUCAUUGUAUCGAGGGGUGUAUAAAACAGGGUUUUUCAAUGAUUUUCCUUUGUCCGUAAGUUUGGGUGUCUGUAGAUGUUUGAUCUGCUCAGUGUUAAGUUUUGAUCUUGUCGUGGCUGUUUUGUUUGUUUUUCGUUUUUGUUUUCGGUUCCUUUCGCAUUUUCUCGGCCGCCCGCCUUCUGUCUUCAACAUGCUGUAAUCGGUUAGGAGUCUUCCUCCCGUCCUCAAGUGAACCGACAACCCCGAUACGCACUCUCUCUGUCUCUCUCUCCUCCUCUCGCUCUCUUUCCGUCUCUCUUUCUCUUUGGCUCUCCCUCUCUGUCGCUUCCUCUCUCUGUCUCUCUCUGUUUCUUUCUGUCUCUGUCUCUCUCUCUUCCCCUUCAUCUUCACCAUAACCGCCUCCAAUGAGAGUAAAUUACAAGGGUUAGUAUCAUUUGUAUGUAUCUGUUUGGGUUAUGUGUGUGGGUGUGGCUGUGUGUGGGUGUACUGUAUGGAAAUAAUUGCAGUGCUGAGGAUGGUGUUGUCGGAAGUGAUUGUAAGUUACUCCAUUGCUACCGUCCUUCCAGUUGCCAGUCAACUUCUGUACGUGUGUGUCUGAGUGUGUGUGUGUGCGUGGGUAUGUUUGGAGAACAAUUUAACAGGUGGGGUAAUUUGAAGUGCAAUACUGAUCAUUCUUACUCAGACAUGUGGAGUUGUUUAGAUUACAGGGCCAUGGCUCUUAGUGGUGAAUCCUCCUGUGAAUCCUCAACUCUGCACCAGGCCAGAAGUUUGACCCUGUCAUCACGUGUUCACAGGGAAAAACUCCUGGCUCCCGUUAUGUAACAAACAUAUGCCCCCCCCCCCCCCCCCCACCCUUUGCAUAUAUCCAUCCUCUCCUUCUGAUGGAUAAAAGCCCUUAUCCAGUAAUAGCAAUAAUUCCCUCUCUUCCUCUCUCCUCCUCUUCAUCCUCCAUUCAUUUCGUCAUCCAUCUCUCUCUUCCCCUAUUUUUGUGUGAACCAGAACCAUGCUGCGGAGAGAGAGAGAGAGAGAGAGAGAGAGAGAGAGAGAGAGAGAGAGAGAGAGAGAGAGAGAGAGAGAGAGAGAGAGAGAGAGAGAAGAGACUGAAUUGGUACUGGUUCUCAUUCUGUUCCUGGGUCCUCUCUCUAAUCGGACUCCAGUUUUCGGCAGUUUGAGUUCUAAAGUUGCAUCUUGUCGUGGUGAACGUGUGUGUAUGUGUGUGUGUUUGACGUAAACGUAUCGGAACAAUAUUUUCCUACGUGGAGGGAGGGGAGGGGUAUGUAUCAGGGGGAAGGACGGAGGAGCAGUGUACUGUAGUUCUGACAUCGGCCACAGGAACUACAAAACCCAUCCAUGUCUGCAACUCCUUCCCUUCUUUUGAAAUCAUCAUCUCUUAUUCCAUACCUCUAAUUCUCCUCUCUUCCAGACCCUCAGUAUCUCCCACACUGUUAAAACUGUAUAUUUCUCUAGUCUUGGUAGCCCAACUCCUCUCUCUCCAUCUUUCCCUCUAUCCUCUAUCUGACUUUGUUUCUGUGAUGAUGUGAGUGGGCUCCCAGCAGAACAAUGGAGGUGUGUGGCUGUAUACUGGAUGUACUCAGAUUGUAUAUAGUAUAUACAUUUAUGUAGAUGAACACAUAUAUAUAGCUCAGACUGUCCUGCCAAACCAACAGCACACCAAUCUCCCCUCCUGAAUGUCGUCGCUAGAUCCUUAAUCUUAGAUAGUCCACAUUGAGCCUAGGUUGAAUAAUAUGCCAGGACUCUUAUUGUGAAGGAGCCAGGAAGGAGUAUUAGUUGACGCUCUACCUCUGUUGGAAGAUAGCUAGCAAACAGGCAGAAUGUGAUUAGUUCACCUGUCUGAAUGAAAAUAGAAGGGUUAAUACCUGAUGAGACGUUAUGGUGGCUAUUUUGAGCCCUUUUAAUAUGAUAAUCAUGAUAAGCAAAUAAAGAAUUAAACAACUAUAUUGAAAGAUGAAAAUAUAUUUUGAAAACAAAGGCAUCUUUGUGUGGUCUCUGGAGGCUGUCUUGACCAUGGUGCAGUGGGAAACGGAAAGAGAGGGGUGAGAGAGGGGUCUAUGUGUGGCACAUUAUACUGUAGAUGACCCGCAUAAAAAAAAACACGAAGAAACUGUCUCUUUCCUCCUCCUGCUCCCUUCCUCCCUCUCUCACCUCCCCUCGUUGGCAGGACAGUGUAUAAAUAUAUUUUUGUUCUGAAUGUUGUCGUACCUCUGUUGUUAGUCUCUAAACCACAGCCAUCUCUCACAGACAGGAAGUAUAGCAACCUGUCUGCCUGUGACAACUCACAGCAGCGAGUUGGUCGGGGGUGGGGGGCGGAAGUUGGACCUACACACUGACCUCCAGUCAGUUCGUUGCCCCCCCCUCUCCCCCCUCUAUGACAGGACAAGGGAAUGAUAACCUGACUGUAUUUGAAUCUAGACUGUGUGGCAGGGUGAAGCAUGAGGGUGUAAGGAUGUAGCCUACACCUGGAAGAGCUAGCUAGCUAGAGUACUUUUACAAAACAGUGAGAGAUCAUGGUUGAAAGAGACAAGAUCCUAGAUACCUCGUUGUUAGAAUCCUCAAUUUGUAAUCAGAAUACCGAACCAAUGACGUCAGAACCCCAAACUUUUUUUUUUCUUUGAAACUUUUUUUUUUUUUUUUUUUACUUUUUGUUUCCUCUGACACUCCCUGAUUUGUCACUUGUUUUGUUUCUUUUACUGUGAAUUUGUGCCUUUUGUCAUCUUAUCUUCCAAUAACACUACAUUGGAGACGUGAAAAAAUAAAUGAAUAAAAAU